AUGGAGCCGACUGAGAAACCCAAAGCAUAUGGUAAGAAAGGACUCCUGGAAAAGGUAAAGCUUUGCCUUUCAAAGAAACCACUGCCAUCUCCCACUGACCGGAAGAAGUUUGACCACGACUUUGCCAUCUCUACCACCUUUCACGGGAUACACAACAUUGUUCGGAACCGGAGCAAAGCUCGGAAGGCCAUCUGGGUGGUGGUAGUUCUCGGCUCAGUCUCACUCUUGGUGUGGCAGAUCUACAGUCGCCUGGUCAACUACUUCACAUGGCCAACCACGACGUCUGUAGAGGUUCAGUAUGUGGAAAAGAUGGAGUUCCCGGCUGUGACCUUUUGUAAUUUGAACAGGUUCCAAACAGAUGCAGUAGCUAAGUUUGGUGUUAUUGUUUUCUUAUGGAAUAUUGUAUCCAAAGUCCUCCACAUUCCAGAAAUCAAGACCAACUCCACUGGUCGUAAAGAGGCUAUUGAUUUUCUUGCAAAUCACCAAAACUUCAGCAUUACGGAGUUUGUCAAGGAAAAUGGUUUUUAUCUCAGCAACAACACUUUGUUGGAAUGUGACUUUUUUGGAAAGCCAUGUGGCCCAAAGGAUUUUGCACAUGUCUUCACUGAAUAUGGAAAUUGUUUUACUUUCAAUCAUGGUGAAAAUAUCCAAGCAAACAAAAAAGUGACUGUCUCUGGAAGAGGCUUAAGCUUGCUCUUCGAUGUCCAUCAGGAAGAAUUCACUGAUGACCCAGGCCUUGGUUUUGUUGAUGCUGGGAUCAUCUUUGCUAUCCACUCGCCAAUGAAGGUGCCGCAGUUUGAUGGUUUAGGCUUGUCCUCACCUGCUGGAAUGCAUGCACGGGUAACAAUCCGCCAUGUGAAGACAGUUCAUCAAGAAUACCCAUGGGGAGAAUGCAACCCUAAAAUCAAGCUGAAGAAUUUUAGCAGCUACAGCACAUCCGGUUGUUUGAAGGAAUGCAGAGCCAAGCACAUAGAAAAGUAUUGUGGAUGUUUGCCUUUUCUGCUUCCUGGAAAUGGGAUAGAGUGUGGCCUACAGAAGUUUUACAACUGUGUAUCCCCUAUACUUGACUACAUUGACGUUAAGGGAUUAUGCACAAUGGGAAGGCAUAAUUCUAGCUGCCCUGUUCCUUGUGAAGAAACAGAAUAUCCUGCUACUAUCUCUUAUUCCACUUUUCCAAGUCAAAAAGCUUUGAAAUACCUUUCAAAGAAGUUGAAUCAAAGCCAGGAACAUAUCAGGGAGAACCUUGUGCACAUUGAAAUAAACUAUAGUGACUUAAACUAUAAGAUAACCCAGCAGCAAAAAGCAGUGAGUGUGCCUGAGUUACUUGCAGAUGUCGGCGGUCAGCUGGGUCUAUUUUGUGGAGCCAGUGUGAUUACAAUUAUAGAAAUUAUUGAAUAUGUAUUCACCAGUUUCUACUGGAUAUGUGUUUUGUUUCUGUUGAAGAUACCUGAAAUACCCCAGUGGGUUCCUCCACCUCAAAAUCAACUGAGGAAUUCAAAAGGGAUAGAGGAAUGCUAAAAUUUACUUAGGAUGAAAGCAUUUAAUUUUUUCUUCACAGUAUCUUCAUAUUUAUUUGUGACUCAUUUAUUCAUUGUUA